AACUGGUGGAAACUCGUCCGUUAACUUUGUGAAAGUAAAAAUGGGUCGCUUCUCGGCAAUUUUGAUCCAUGUAGGAUGCGUGCUGAUUUUGGCAAGUUUGUCGACGAGCGCUACUAUUAGUCUUGCAGAUGCGGACACUACAUUGAAACAAUUGACUGAAAACUAUAUUCAAUUAAAAGAAAUCACGGAAACCAGAGUUGCUCAUCUUGAAGCCAAGGUUGGGCAACUUGAGACCAAAAAUAUUCAAAUGGAAAAGAAAAAUUUUCAUCUGGAGAAACUACUGGAGCUCAAAGACCAACAACUUAACACGCUGACUGAAAAAGUCACUCGAUUGGAAUAUACGCUACAAAACGAUAAGAAAUCAUGGGUAAAUACUGCCAAUGAAAUCGAUAAUUUACCUGUUGUAAAAAGCGCCGUUCCAAGAACAUGUCGCGAGGCCCGUGCAGCUGAUCCUUCGCUCAGUUCUGGGAUGUACUGGAUUGAUCCAGAUGGUCAAGGAGUUGGCGACGGUCCUAUUUACGUCUACUGCGAUAUGACUUCUGGAUCGACAUCGAUUCCACACAACAGUGAAUUGCCAACAAAUGUUGGACACUGCGCUGAUCCUGGAUGUUAUUCCAGGCCAGUCACGUACAACGCAAGCAGCAAGCAAAUGACAGCGCUGGCUGAAUUGUCUUAUGAAUGCCAUCAGUCUAUACAAUACGAUUGCAAUUUCGCUCCAUUUGAGCUAAAUGAUGUCUCCUUUUGUUGGUGGAACGAUAAGGAUGGCAAUGCCAAAUAUUUCUGGUCUGGAGGCAAUACGGACGUACACACUUGUCAGUGUGGCAUUGAUCAAAAUUGUGUUGAAGCCUUUAUGAAAUGUAAUUGUGACUCUAAUGCACCAGUGGAACUAUCUGAUAUUGGGGUCAUCACGGAUAAAAGUAUUCUCCCAAUUACUCGGUUGAAUUUCGGCCGCACCCAAUUAGAAAGUUCAUCCGGUGUUCACACUCUAGGCAAAUUUGAAUGUUCCGGACAAGUAGCCGUUAACGGAAUGCCUAAAUCCUGCGAAGAUUUGUGGCGAAUCGGACACAUUUUAAGUGGAAUGUAUUCCGUUAUGGGCGUGAAAAUGGUCGAAAGUGUUUACUGUGACUUCACAAAACUCCCCAACGAUGCGGGAUUUCAGACAUGGAUUGGAUUCGAAGAUGUGAAAUCAACACCCGUUUACUUUUAUGUUCAAUUAAGCGAACACUACAAUCAAACAAAGAUUCCAAUUCCUUUCGAUAUUGAACAACUAAACGUUGGAGGAGCUUUUCAAACGGGAAUAUUCACGGCACCUAGAGCUGGGAAAUAUUUUUUCUCCUUUUCAGGAUUGGUUUAUUUUCCAGGAUCUUUAUCAUCAACAUCUCGGAUAUUUUCCAGAAUCCAACUUUUCAAAAAUGGUGGUUUCAUCGGAAGUUGUACUGCUGAUGAAACAGGAGCUGGGGAAAAAUAUGAAACGACUUCUCUUCAAUCAACGUUAAAUUUACAAAACGGAGAUCAAAUCUGGUUGAUAAUUGACGAUAUGGCAUUAGGAGCUCUUCUCCACGGUGGCGGUCGCGCACAUUUUAAUGGAUUUCUCCUGGAAGAAGAAAUCGUCCAAUCAGUUAAACUUAAUAUUUUGUAGACUGUUUAAAGUGCCUGAGCUGUUUUUUUUUAAAUAAUAUUACUCGUACAUAGUAAUUUGGGUAAUAGCAUUCUACAACAUAAUUCAAUAUUUAAAACACCAAUUUCAUUUUAUUA